GUGAUGUUAGCUCGAUUUCUGAGGCGCAUCGGACCGAAAAUAUGCAUAGCUCCAAGCGUCCCUGAAACUUCUUUUUCUCGAGCCAUGUGCACAAUUCAUGUCGAAACAUUGUCCAAAAAUAACCAGAUACCAUCUGAAACUUCAUUUGCCGCCCUUUUACGCAAUAGUACUUUCGUGCAAAUGGGGGACCCAGUGGGAAAAGUGGUGAAGGGGGAAGUUUUCAGAGUGGUGGGAAGUGAUUUGUACAUUGAUUUUGGCCACAAAUUCCACUCUGUGUGUCCGAUGCCCUUUUGGUACAGGAAGCCUGUCUACCCCGGAGACGAAGUGACAAUCAAAAUUAACGACCUGGAGCUGGCCAAGAUGUUUUACGGAGAGUACAAAGCGGCCUCUCUGUUGGAAGCAGACUGUACUUUGAUGUCAAUACAGGACGUGGAAGCGAAAGAAGACUCAGGAACAAGAUUAGGGAGGCUCAGAACAAGAAGGCAAAGCGAAGACGAAGAAGGCGAUAUUGGGCUGGAGGAAGAGCUUUGAGAGUUCUAGGUAUCUGAUCAAUGAAAAUGAAAAGAAACUCGAGUUCACGAUGACGCGUAUAUGUGAUGGAGCAACUUGGCCUACCAUGGCAUGAACACUUGAACUUAUUGACUCUAUUUUGAAAAGUCGUUUGAAGUUUGUAUCAAAAAAUUUGAUCUCGUCAAAUGAAUUUAAA